AGAUUUCAUGGAUGGAUGUAUGACUUGGUCAAGCAAUUUGGAGAGCAUUCUGGAAGAUGCUUCAGGUUUAGAAGCUUUCAAGGAAUGGUUCAAAGAUGAUGAUACAAGAUCGAUCGAUUCUAUCGAUUUAUAUUUUGCUAUUAAAGCCUUCAAGAAUUUGUUAGAACAUGAUGAUCCAAAAUGCGCCGAAAUAGCAUGCAAAUUACAUCGCAAAUAUAUAAGUAUACGCAGUGGUACUUGUACAUUCCUUUCCGAUAUGAUAAGAAAAGAGAUGUCAGAACGGAUUCAUGCCUUAUCAGCAAAUAAAUUACCGCCAAGUAAUCUAUUCGAGCCUUGCCAUGAGGAAUUAUUAGCAUAUUUACGCAAGCAACAUACACUCUUUGUUAAUUCUGAUAAUUUUUACAAUUUACUGAAUCAAAAUACGGAACUUGUUGAGUCAACAGUAAUUUCCACUUCGGAUGAAAAUGAUCCGACAAUUUAUCCAACCGGAUGUCAUGCAUGCGCUUCAACGAGUGAUGAUACAUCGAUACGAUUUGGUGGUCGAAAUACAAUCUGGAAAAAGUGGAAAUUACCGAAACGAAAUAUUGGCAUGCAAAAUGUAAGUAAGCGUGAUUCACGUGAUUCUAUAUCAUGUAGCGCUGUUUCAAGUGAAGAUAGUGGAAAUAAACGAAGUAAUUCGAAACGUCAUACGGAACGUUUACCACUACAAAGGGUUCAUGGACAUCAUCAACAACAACAACCAUUACUUAUCUGUCCACCGGAUGGUAGUGAUUUCAAACAUCAACGUCCGGAAGAAAGAGAACGAUUUUCGGAAAUUUUACGUUGCAAAUUAGAUAAAAUUGCUUAUCGUUUGGAGCAAUAUAAACAUGAAACCGGAAUUGAAAUAUUUGCCAGAGAUUUGGAACAGCUAGCAAUAACAACAGAGGGAAAUGAUGAGGUUGAUUCAGUGAUAAGUGAUGAUUCAUUGGAUAAAUAUGAACAAAAGAUGAAUGCUGAAUGUGAUAUGAAUUUAAAAGAAGAAAAACGUCGAUCAAUGUCCGCAUCACCGAUACGUUUCACAAAUACUCUUCACGUUGAUAGCAUGCUAAAUCCAUACGGACGACAUGGUUUUGCACCACCUCCUGGUGGUGUUACAUUAAAGAAUUACCGUAGUAGUUGUGCUGCAAAUCGUGGUUUGCAUAGUUUGCGCAGUACAACACCACUAUCCAGUAAUGAUUACGGUGGACAUCGAUAUUCGGAUAGUUCCGGUUUCUGUAGUUCCGAAUCAGCUUAUAUCAUCAAUCGAUCAGCUCUUUUUGAGAAGGCACGUCAUAUGGCAAUGUCCACACAGAGUACUUCCUUUCCACAAUCAUGCAGUGAAGCACCAACAAGUAGCUUCUAUUACUAUUCAUUUCCAUUUCAACAAGAGGACAAAGAGCGGCAAAUGUUUGUCAAUAAUUUUUAUCCGAAGAAGCAGCAGCAAUUAGUAAUUUCCUAUAAAGAAGAAAAUGCUGAAGCACCAUUUGUGGCUAAGAUGGAAAUGCGUGAUAUUACAUUUCGUGAAUUUCGUCGAUGCUUUGGUAUCUCAUCAAAAACAACCAAAAGGUUCUUUUUCAAAAGUGAUUGUGAAGAUUGUUCAGCACCCUAUCAAUGGACCAUAAUUGAUGAUGAUUGUGAUGUAUUGCCGAUAUUUGAAGGUCGAAUAACCGCUGAAUGUCGAAGCUGUUCGGAAUCUGAUUGAAUAAUCGAUCUAUAUCUGAAAAAAAAAAGAAGAAAAAAUGAAAAAAAAUUUUUGCAAUCUAAAUGAGCUUAAUCUUUUAUCAAUCUAAUAAUUGUAGAAAAGAAUAUUAGUUACGGG